CUCAGGCCCUGUCCCAGACCUACAGAAUUCGAAACUCUGGGGUAGAAUCAGCGAUCUGUGUUUUAACAAGCCCUUCAGGUGAUUCUCAUGUCUCAACAGUAUUUAUGUUUUAUUUUUCAGGAGGCAGCACAGGCACUUCCCCAACCACCUCCAGCACUGGGACACCAUCCCCUUCAGCUUCUUCUCAUCUUUUAUCUCCAUCCUGUUCUCCUCCAACAUUUCACCUGGCCCCCAACACUUUCAACGUGGGCUGCCGAGAGAGCCAGCUGUGUAACCUAAACCUCUCUGAUUAUCCACCAUGUGCCCGAAGCAACAUGGCUGCCUUGCAGAGCUACCCAGGGCUGAGUGACAGUGGCUACAACAGGCUCCAGAGUGGCACUGCUUCAGCCCCUCAGCCCUCGGAAACCUUCAUGCCCCAGAGGACUCCAUCCCUGAUCUCAGGAAUACCUGCUCCUUCCUCGUUGCCUAGCAACAGCAAGAUGGAAGCCUACGGUGGCCAGCUGGGGUCCUUCCCCACUUCCCAGUUUCAGUAUGUCAUGCAGGCAGGCAAUGCAGCCUCCAGCUCCUCAUCACCACACAUGUUUGGGGGCAGCCACAUGCAGCAGAGCUCCUACAAUGCCUUCUCUCUCCACAACCCUUAUAAUCUAUAUGGAUACAAUUUCUCCACUUCCCCAAGGCUAGCUGCAAGCCCAGAAAAACUGAGCACCUCUCAAAGCACUUUACUCUGUUCUUCUCCUUCCAAUGGGGCCUUUGGAGAGAGGCAGUACCUGCCUACAGGGAUGGAGCAUGGCAUGCACAUGAUUAGCCCCUCAGCCAAUAAUCAGCAGGCGACUAACACCUGUGAUGGCCGGCAGUAUGGGGCGGUCCCAGGCUCCUCCUCCCAGAUGUCCGUUCACAUGGUUUAGUGGCCAGUCCUAGCACCACGGAGCCUACAGCAGCCAAGGCCCCAGAGUCUCCAUGGGCAGAUCCUCCUCUUUGGGAGCCCAACACCUUUGAAAAACAGGAACUGUGUAUUAUUAUUAUUAUUAUUAUUUUUUUUUUUUACUGGAGGAGGAAAGCACAUACCCAAGAACAAGAGACAUUUAAGCCACUGAAGGAUACUUGUGGUGGAAUCAUCUCUGACUCAGUGGCCAUUCUCCUGCCUUCCCAAAUCUUAGUUUUAUAAAGCAUCGUCUCUCCAGAGUGGCCUUUGAAGAAACUGAAUAAUCAUUUUAUCAUAAUGUUAAGGGAGAUGCUAGCAUGUAGCAGUCAUGAAAAUUACCCACACACAAAUACAGGUCUAUACAUACAUACAUACAUAUGUGCAUGCAUACAUACACACAUACGUAUAUAUAUAUUCAUACACAAACUCAUCCAUACACAAACAUACAUGCACACUGACUCGGAACUGGGUGAACUCUGUGGAGGGAAGCCCAGCAUGGGUGCUUUCACCAAAAAUUUGUCUAUGUACAACAGUAGAUGGACUGGGCCAGCAGGAGCUGCCAGCGUUUCUCCUCUGCAGCUUACCCUGUUUCUGGAAUGAACCGUGUAUCCUGGAACCCCUUCCGGUCAAUGAGGGUGGAAAGACAUCAGAACUACAACUGAACUGGGCUUCCUGAAAAAGAUUGCUUUUGAACAUUGGCUCUCUUCAAUUGGUGUGCUGUCACUGAUUUUCCCAGUGGUGCCCGUGAAAAGAGGGAGUAAGAGUAGA